UUUAUCCUUGCGAUAGUCUGCAUUACUGUUGUAUAUCGAUUGUCACCUUGGCAUCCACUUGCCUCCUUUCCUGGGCCCCUUUCCCACAGAAUAACGGACUUGAAACUCGCCUAUAUGGUCUACACUGGAAAGCGCCACCAGAGGAUCGCUGAGCUACACCGGGAGUACGGGAGAAUUGUGAGAACAGGCCCAAGCACGUUAUCCAUCAAUUCUCAUUCAGCAGUCAAAUCUAUUUACGCUGUCUCGCAUUGUAUGGAUAAAAGCAAAGCUUACAGGCCUGGCCGUUUGGAUGCAGGCGGCCUUUUCUUCCUCACGGACGUUAAACGGCAUAAUGAGCGCAAAAGAAUCUGGUCCGGAGCCUUCACAAGCGCGGCGUGA